UCUAGGAACUUAAUAUCAGUUAGGCUUUGGCUGCCGGCUGACUUUCGUUGAUGUGUAGUCAUUGGUCCCUUAUAUUAUUGUCAUUGACUCGUACAUCGAGUGUAUAAAGUUUUUCAAUGAAUGUUGAUUGUUUUUGACAUAUGAAUGUGUAAAUUGUGUAAAGAUCUGACAGACAAACAUUUUGGUAGUGUCGUGUGAGUGUUGUCAAACGGGUGAUAUUUUUGUUUUUAAAGAAAUUUUUAUUUGUGUAUUUGUAUAGUUGAUUUUUGUGCGAAGUAAAAAAGAAGAGAAGAGAGACAUGCGGCGCAAUGUGAAAAUAGUGCUGCUGUUGUCAUGCGCCUGGAUGUUCGUCUUUGUUUACUACUACCACACGUCUAGAGAUCCCAAGAAUGAAAAUAGAGCAUUGAGAUUAAAGGAACCGGGAUCACUGGUACUUUCGAGUGGAAAUUCCAAUGGUUACAUGGACGCAGAUGGAACGGCCAUCGUCAUGUCCUCUGAACUUUUGCCUGCUCCUAGUCCCGAUCCCCAAGUUACGUGGAAUUAUUUCGACGAGCAGGGGUACGUCUCAAGGGGAGGUUUGAGAGUCGGUGAGGACCCUUAUGCAAGAAAUAAAUUCAAUCAAGAAGCCUCGGAUAGUCUAUCCAGUAAUCGAGGAAUUCCUGACACUCGCAGCCCAAUGUGUCGAGUAAAACAAUGGAAGCAAGAUCUUCCGCCCACUUCGGUCAUUAUCACGUUUCACAAUGAAGCUCGUUCGACUCUUCUGAGAACUGUUGUUAGCGUUCUAAAUAGAAGUCCUGAGCACCUCAUAAAAGAGAUCAUCUUAGUGGAUGACUUCAGCGAUCACCCUGAGGAUGGAGAAGAAUUGUCAAAAAUUCACAAAGUCCGAGUGAUCAGAAAUGAAAAAAGAGAAGGUCUUAUGAGGUCGAGGGUGCGAGGUGCAGAUGCAGCAACGGCCAAUGUCCUCACUUUUCUGGAUUCUCAUUGCGAGUGCAAUGCCGAUUGGCUCGAACCUCUGUUAGAAAGAGUUGCUGAAGAUCCAACCAGGGUCGUUUGUCCCGUUAUUGACGUUAUCAGCAUGGAUACUUUUCAGUAUAUUGGUGCAUCUGCAGAUCUAAGAGGUGGCUUUGAUUGGAGCCUAGUUUUCAAGUGGGAAUAUUUGAGUCAAGUCGAACGACAAGCGAGGCAAAAGGAUCCCACUCAAGCGAUAAGAACACCCAUGAUAGCUGGGGGACUCUUUGUCAUCGAUAAAUCUUACUUUGAAAAGCUUGGAAAAUACGACACGCAAAUGGACGUUUGGGGUGGUGAAAAUCUCGAAAUCUCGUUUCGCGUUUGGCAAUGCGGAGGAAGCUUGGAAAUUAUACCCUGCUCUCGCGUGGGACACGUGUUCAGAAAACGUCAUCCUUAUUCCUUUCCUGGUGGUAGUGGAAAUGUAUUUGCAAGAAAUACGCGAAGAGCUGCUGAAGUUUGGAUGGAUAAUUACAAACAAUUUUACUACAAUGCCGUUCCCUUAGCAAGAAAUAUUCCUUAUGGAAAUAUUCAAGAUAGAAUGGAAUUGAAAAGAAAGUUGCAAUGUAAGCCAUUUAGAUGGUAUUUGAAAAAUGUUUAUCCCGAAUUAGUAAUACCGACAAAUGAAGGCGGGCCUGGAGGAGCUUUAAAACAGGGAUCAGCAUGUCUAGAUAGUAUGGGACAUCUUUUGGAUGGAAAUGUGGGAUUGUAUCCUUGUCACGAUACUGGCGGAAAUCAGGAAUGGUCACUGACAAAAGAUGGACUCAUUAAACAUCACGAUUUAUGUUUAACUCUAACGACAUACGCUAAAGGAACAACGCUUCUGAUGCAAAUUUGUGACGGCAGUGAAAAUCAAAAAUGGCGUUAUCUCGAGGGUGGUCUUAUAAGUCAUUCGAGAAUUCCAGUUUGUAUAGAUACAAAAUAUCACGCGCAACGUGGAAUCACAGCGGAAAAAUGUGAUUCCAAUUUAGAAAGUCAAAGGUGGCAUCUCUAUAAUCAUGGCCAUUAAAAUUAUCCCAAAAAAUGGACCACAAGACUAAAAAUUUCUUGACACACAAAAAAUAUAUUGAGUAGCAAUAUUAUUUCUAUACAUAAAUAAAAUAAAAAAAAACAAAAAUAUAUAUAAAUAUAUAUAAAAAGCGCAUUGAACCGAGAAAGCGUUUACAAUUCGCGUCGAUUGAAAAUUUAUUAUAUAAAAAGUGAUAAUAAACCGGAAUGUGACUAUAUAGAAAAUUGUGUCAAUACUAUAUGGAAUGAAGAAGAGUCUCGAGAGGAAAACCGGUGACAAUUUCUUUCAGAGAAAUUUUUUUUUUUUUUUUU